AAUGCACAGAAAAUCGUGUCUAAGAUUUGAAUGCAUUUAUAAUUCGUAACGCUUUAUACGAAUGGCUCUGAAGUGUGAAAUUAAUCGCCAAUUAAUUGCGAAAAUCAUUUCAAUUUAGUUAUCGACCGAUUUGUGGAUCAAUUGCGGACACCAUCUGAAUGGCGGACAAGAAACUGGAGGACACGAUAAGCAUCGGUGACGCGGAUAACUAUGAGCUGAUCCGACGGUUAGGCAGCGGUCGGUACGGAGAGGUGUUUGAGGCCAAACACGUGGCCAACAACAAGAGGUAUGCCAUCAAAGUCUUAAAGCCGGUCCGACCGGAGAAAGUGCUCCGAGAGGUGGAUGUGUUGAGACGUCUUCAGAGCGGACCCAAUAUAAUCACAUUGAAGGACGUGAUCGUCAACGACGGCACUCCGGCGCUGGUCUUCCCCUUCGUGUCCAACGAGACCCUCAAGACUGUGGCCAUGGAUUUGACCGAACAGGAGAUCCCGUUAUAUCUGUACAAACUGUUGCGCGCCAUCGACUUCUGCCACAAGAAUGAAGUGAUCCAUCGCGACAUCAAACCAUCAAAUGUGAUGAUCGAUAGGUCUAUGAAGACGUUGCGACUCAUCGACUGGGGUUUGGCCGACACUUACACCGACGGCCGUAUAUAUCCGGUGACAGUGGCCUCGAGAUUCUAUAAACCGCCGGAACUGCUGUUGGGUUUCAGUAAAUACGACUAUUCAUUGGACAUGUGGUCGUUUGGAUGCGUUGCCGCCGGACUUUUGUUCAAAAGGGAGCCAUUCUUUAAUGGUUUGGAUAAUUCGGAUCAAUUGAAGAAAAUUGUGUGCGUUUUGGGAACCGAUUGUCUUAAAGAAUACGUUCAAAAAUAUCGUUUACCAAAUCUGAAGGGAAUUAAGUAUCUCUUAGACUCCGACCUCCAGCGCCGUCAAUGGGAGGACUUCUUAAUACACGGCUUAACCAGAUUAUCGACUCCCAUAUCCAUUGAUUUCAUUGAUAAGCUUCUUGUGUUUGACCACAAGUUUCGUUUGACAGCGGAUGAGGCGCUCAGACAUCCAUUCUUCGCGUCACUCAGAAGUAAUAAAAUUGUUUAAAUUGUAAAUCAAUCGCCAAUUUUGUGGUAAAACUUUUUUUGUUGUUACUAUUGCUUAGGUUUUCUAUA